GAAAAUGAAAAUUAGUGCUUUGGCCUAUUUAAGACACAUCCACACAGGAUGGUCUUCAGAGAACCUAGAGGGGAAGGUUCAGGACCAAACAGCCCAGAGGAUCAGCAUCAUCUUCAAGACCCACAAUGGCUAGGCUCUGUGCUUUCCUGAUGGCCCUGGUGGUGAUGAGCUACUGGUCAACCUGCUCUCUAGGAUGUAACCUGCCUCAGACACAAAACCUCAGGAAUAAGAGAGCCUUGACCCUCCUGGCACAAAUGAGGAGACUCUCCCCUGUCUCCUGCCUGAAGGACAGGAAGGACUUUGGAUUCCCCCUGAAGAAGGUGGAUGCUCAGCAGAUGCAGAAGGCUCAAGCCAUCCCUGUCCUGAGUGAGCUGACCCAGCAGGUCCUGACCCUCUUCACAUCAAAGGACUCAUCUGCUGCUUGGGAUGCAGCCCUCCUAGACUCAUUCUGCAAUGACCUCCACCAGCAGCUCAAUGACCUGCAAGUCUGUCUGAUGCAGCAGGUGGAAGAACCUGCCCUGACCCAGGAAGACUCCCUGCUGGCCGUGAGGAAAUACUUCCACAGGAUCACUGUGUACCUGAGAGAGAAGAAACACAGCCCCUGUGCCUGGGAGGUGGUCAGAGCAGAAGUCUGGAGAGCCCUGUCUUCCUCAGUUAACUUGCUGGCAAGACUGAGUGAGGAGAAGGAGUGAGUUCUGAGCCAAAAUGGAGGGGACUGUCAUAGACUAGGACACUGAAACUCACUGCUCAAAUUCUGGCUUCUCAAAAACAUCAGUCAUUUUGUAUGAACUGAAACAAGUUGCCUAGAUGUUUCAGAAGGAAUGUGAAUUUUUG